GUCCGGCCAUGCCAGGGGAUAAAAAAAAAAAAAACCUUUGUGUCGACAACUCGGACCCGCGGUUCUUCAACUACGUUUUCUGUAGCUGCGAAACCAGAAAUGAUGUGUAGAGAUUGCCGCUUCUCGGUCGGGGUUGAAAAUUCCAUUACAUUUUAUGGAUACUUCUAGUCCGUCAAUUCUGCCUCCGACGCAGAGGUACGCUGCCGGAGCAUUGUUCGCGCUAGCUGUUCACCAGGCGCAGAUCCAUCAAACCCGACCUUUGGGCUUGUUCAUCGGGGAAGAGCCCGCGGACGCCGAUAGAGCCAGUUCUUGUAGUAGCAGUAGCGACUCCGUUUCCGAGGAUCCUGACCUAUGGGUCCAUGAGAAAUCCGGUCUCCUUCGCAUCGUUUUCAGAUUUCUGGAGAUCGAUACUUCAGCUUGGUCUGGACUGGAGGAGACUGCUGGCUCUGCUGCAGCCAGGCGUCAUAUUGGAGCUUUCUUGAGGUUACUUGCGGAAGAUGGCACAGCCCCUUCUAAAGAUGAAGAGAAAGAGAUUGCUCUGGCAAAAGCUGUUGAUGCUACUGAACAAACCAUGGAAACAAUCCAUGUUUCUUACAUGUCUAAGAAAAAGAAACAUAGGGAGUAUGAAAUUGAGUGCCGUGAGAAAUUAGCUUCUGACAAUGGGCAACCUGAUUCUGAUGCUCCAAAUGUACCCUUUCUAACACCACAAGAAAGUGGCAGUAGUUCACCUAAUUAUGAUAGUCCUCGUGGCCUGGAUAAAGACUCUGGGAUCAAAGUUGAUGAUAAACCCAUUGAAGAAGUAACGAUGAUUAGUUACCACAGGAAAAUCACAGUUCUUUAUGAGCUUCUCUCAGCUUGCCUGGCAGAUAAACAUGAUGAUAACAAGUCAAGUAAUAGGCGCAGAAAGGGCUAUGAUGCUAGGCAUCGUGUGGCUUUGAGAUUGCUGUCGACUUGGCUUGACAUCAGUUGGAUAAAAAUGGAAGCCGUUGAGACAAUGGUAGCUUGCUCGGCAAUGGCUAUACUGAAUCAGCAAGAGGCAAAGAGUGAAACCCCAUCAGCUGAAGGAAGAUGGGCAAAAAUCAAGCGUGGCAGUAUCAUUGGUGCAGCUGCAAUAACUGGAGGAGCCCUAAUGGCUGUCACUGGUGGAUUAGCUGCGCCUGCAAUUGCAGCAGGAUUUGGCGCUCUAGCUCCAACACUGGGCACCCUUAUACCUGUGAUUGGAGCAAGUGGGUUUGCAGCAGCUGCAACCGCCGCAGGAACUGUAGCUGGUUCUGUUGCUGUUGCUGCAUCAUUCGGAGCCGCCGGAGCUGGACUGGCAGGAACCAAAAUGGCUAGGCGAACUGGUAGUGUGGAAGAAUUUGACUUUAAAGCCAUGGGUGACAGCCAUAACCAAGGCCGGCUGGCGGUUGAGAUCAUGAUAUCAGGAUUUAUUUUCGAUGAGAAGGAUUUCUUCAAGCCCUGGGAAGGACAAAUUGACAACUUGGAGAGGUAUGCGCUGCAGUGGGAAUCUGAGCAUCUAAUUGCAGUGAGCACUGCAAUUCAGGAUUGGCUUACCUCAACAAUUGCAUCACAGUUGAUGAGGCAAGGUGCUAUGAUGACUGUGAUGGCUACACUUAUGGCAGCCUUAUACUUGCCAACAACAUUACUUUCAGCUACUAGUUUCAUAGAUAGUACAUGGACAAUGGCCAUUGACAGGUCCGACAAAGCUGGGAAGCUGUUGGCUGAAGUGCUACUAAAUGGACUGCAAGGGAAUAGGCCUGUGACACUGGUGGGUUACUCACUCGGGGCACGGGUAAUUUUGAAGUGUCUCCAGGCUUUGGCUGAGACAGAACGGAACGGUAUAAUUACACUCAUUACUCACACCACUGUUGCUAAACUCUGGAUGGAUCCUUAUCACUAAUUGCCCCAUUACCCGCUCUUCGGAAAAAUUUACAGCUGAAGUUGUAGAGAGAGUUGUUCUUUUGGGGGCACCUAUCGCUAUUAAAGACGAGAACUGGGAAGCUGCGAGAAAGAUGGUAGCAGGAAGGUUUGUGAACGCUUACUCAACAAAUGAUUGGAUGCUUGGAAUUGCUUUCCGGGCAAGUUUGCUUACACAAGGCUUAGCCGGGAUUCAACCAAUAGACGUCCCAGGAAUCGAGAAUGUUGAUGUUACUGAGUACAUUGAAGGCCAUUCGUCGUAUCUCUGGAUUACACAGGAUAUCUUGGAACGCUUGGAAAUGGACACGUAUUUCCCAGUUUUCAGAAAUAGCCCCUUGAGUCCCAGUAGGCGCAGCCGUCCCUCCCAAGGACAGGUAUAGAUAGGUUAGGACAUGAAAGAGAGAGUACAAGAGGCAGGGUUUUAUGCGGUGGCAGUAGUUUAUUGCUCCGCUGGAUCUUAUGUUUGUAUAUAAGAACGUGAAAGGUUACUGAAAUUUUCGCCCCCCAAUCCCUUUAACGGUAAUGAAUAGAAUUUUGGACGCAAGGACACAGUAAAUGAGUUGUUUGAGAUGUUUGUAAUAAUCCAAGUCGAAGUCGAGGUUUCUCUUAUUCAGACUUUGUUUGUUAAUAAAUAAGUUGGAUUUGAGCUC